AUGGCGUCCUCCCCAUCUCAGAACCGAACAUUGUCCAACGUCGUUGCUUCCCCAGACCGACAGGAAUCACCAUCUCCAAGACUUGCAAGCACAUCACUGGCCGCCGCAGCCUCCAUCAACUUUGCUGAUCGCUCACGACGCUCGUCCGGCAGUCUCGCUCGAGGUGGCUCUCCCAGACUUGGCCGGAUGCACUCGGAGCGACGUCGGUCUCAGGUAGCCAUGUCGCUAUCCCUCAACGACCCCGCCAUACCGUCGCCGGGCGAGCUCCCAUCAAGCGACCGUCGUUCCAGUAUUUCGAACUCAUACACUUCCAUGUCAUCCUCCACGCUGGCCGGAAGACCGACCGUGGCUACGGGCGACCCCAACCACCAUUCGAGAGCACCGUCUUUGGGCGACAUUCACAACGAACUCGAACAAGAGCAAGAAGCACACGUCAAUCGUAUGCUGCAUUUGAUUAGAACUCAACAGUCACAGUUGGACGCAAUGAGAGCCCAGCAGGCCGAUCGACGAUCCUCACAUCCGAAUAGCGCUCUGGCAGACGAUUCCGAGACCGACGGCUCACGCUCUGCUUCAGUGUCGUUUCCAUCGGUCCAUCCAGCUAUCCCAGCCGGUCAGGCUCCACGCAUACCCUCGAGACACAACUCUUCAGCAACAAGAUCUCCAGCACUGGCUGCGUAUCUUCCCCACGAACCCUCAAGCAGUCAUUCGGACUGGCCACCCUCACCACUCGAACACCCUCGUCGUAACAGCUUCCGAGACGAGUCUGCGUUCUACCAAGCCGAAACUGCGAACUUGACGAGAGAAAAUCAAAUGCUACGGAUGCGCAUACGAGACCUGGAGAAGCAAUUAGCUGAAGCCAACACCUCACCUGCAAAUACACCAUCCACACCUAGCAAUCUGGUCACAUCACCACAUUUGUAA